CUCUGCUUUCUCUCCCUCGCCCACCGGCCACCGCUUGCCGCCGCCGUCUUAGCCGGAAGUCAGCCGGGGAGCGGCAGAUCAUAGCAGAGCUGCGGUUUGCUCUCUAUCUCCUCAUCUCACAGAAGCCAACAGGAGCUGCAGAAAAUUGUGGAUACAAUGAAUCUGUCUCCAUUCAGGCUUGAUAUUGAUGAGCUGAUCACUGAAUAUGCUGAGGGUGGAUAUACAUCUUUUGCGGAUAUGAAAAAUGUAUGGACUGGAAGAAAAUUCACUUACAUAUUUGAGGCUGCUCCUUCCAACUUAGCAUUCUUUAUGCAGUCGAUGUAUGCGCAAUCAAUUGGCCACAUGGUCGGUACUGCUUCUUUGUCACGCAGACUAGGUGGUUUUUAUUGCCUUUACUGCCUUUACGAAACACAACCGUUUAAGCCCCCUUAUAAAAUCUACCUAUCUAUAGGAGAGUUGAAGAAACUGAAGGAACUUGUUGUUGAUGCAAAAGAAAAGAAUGUAAAAGUGGCAUCUGCUGUGGCGAAAAGAAUGUUAGAAAAGAACAUGUUCCUCUUUGGGUCUGUGGACAUGAAUGAGAGCUCUGCUUUGGAAACUGUGAAUCAACUCACAGAAUUGCAAAAUGCCCGCAUUCAAGUCGCCUAUAAUAAGUUAUUUUCGGAUACCCCAAUAGAAGAUUAUAUCCAUAUGGACUUGGGGAUGGAAGUUGGUUUGAAUGUAUUAAAAAAGAUGUCAACAGAUUAUUCAGAGGCUAAGAAGCUUGCAUUAUAUGAAGCAAGUGACAUCCUGGACGUCCAGGACAUAAAGCACAUAUCAGAAGAUGAUAGAUUGAUUGGAGAUACAGUAGAACAGAUUGCUGAGAACUGGAAUGUUCAAAGAGGAGUUUUUUAUGAACAAACCGGACUUGACCGUCAGCUUGUUCCAGUCGAAGCACACAAAGAGAAUCAGUUACUAGUACAUCAUGCCGAUGAAAAUUUUGACAAGGAACUUGAAAGAAUGCUAACCGAUAUUUAAUGAGGUAUCUGCACUGAAAACUGACUCCAAUCUAGAACAUCGCUGAAUGGUAACGAAUAAUUAUCGGAAAUGAUCACCGGAACACAACCA